AUGGUCAUGCACAGUCUACAGCUCCCCAGCUGUAUAAGUCCCAAUGGUGGUAAUCUGGAUGACUUUGCUGCCUUGAUGACCUGCUUCUUCUGGUUUGAGAACAUCGAAACGAUUCAAGCAGCGGAACAGAUCAAGGUUCGACAAGCAAACUUGACAAUCCCUCCCCUGGCGAAGCACACUCGGCCAUGUGCGGACUACAAGAAGUGGGUUAACAGUAUUCUCACAACUACUCAAGUCACGCAGAACGUCGUACUUUUGGCCCUGCUUUUCGUCUACCGGUUAAAGUGCACGAAUCCCAAGGUCAAUGGUAGCCCCGGCAGUGAGUACAGACUUUUGACGGUGGCCUUGAUGCUGGGCAACAAAUUCCUCGAUGACAAUACCUACACCAACAAGACCUGGGCCGAAGUGUCUGGUAUUGCCGUGAAGGAGAUCCAUGUUAUGGAAGUUGAGUUCCUGAGCAACAUGCGAUACGGGCUGUUGACGUCCAAGGAACAAUGGGCUGAGUGGCUGCAAAAGCUGUCGUGUUUCCACGAGUACUGCGAGAGGGCCGAGAUGAGCGAGCAAGCCGAGCUGCGACGCCGACAGGCUCCCAUGGCACCUCUCAAUAUGUCACCUACCCAUCGAUUCAGCUCACCUAUUCCAUCGCCGACCGGCAUUUUGCCUGCUGCCUUGCAAGGAACAUCAUCGUCACUCACGGUAUACUCACCUAAUACCGUGACAUACAACGGGCAUCAGAACUGGCACGGACAGUAUCAGCCGACCCCCUCGGUGUCCCCACUGGCCGCCAAACCUAAUCUUGGACUCGGUGGACAUAGGAAGAGGAGCUUGGAACGUCCAGAGCUUGUUGAACCUGCACCAAAACGCAUUAAUCGCCAAGUUGCUGCUACUUUAUCUGCCACAGGCCGGCAGCCUGCCGAGUCGGUGCGGCUGCCCAUUCCUCAGCUCACUUUGGAUAUCGGCCAGGCCGCCACGUCGCAAGCUGGCGCUUACCCACCACCAUCGAGCCAUACUCAGGGCCAAGUUCCUGCAUCGGUAUCCUUGCCUCCAAUUGGGUCAGGUAUUCGAGCCAUGACCUCGGCGUAUCAGAAUGCGACAACCUGGGCACCACAGAUGGCAGUCCUCGCCACUUGCGGUCCCCAAACUCCAUCUUACACAGCACCGUCCAGUUUCGGUACGCCUACUAAGCGACAAAGUCCAAGCGGCUUGACUGUAUACGGCUCGUCGCCUCUAACGGAACCUUUCAACACGCAUACGCCAAUUUCGAACUCGCCUUCCGUGUACCUGCAGCAGCGAAAUAGCCCGUACAAGCCGGUGCGGCCUGUUAAUACCCUCAACUAUCCCCCUCCCUCGAUUCCCCUCUCCGAAUACCAUUUAGGGUCUGCCCAAAUGCAUUAUCAACCACUUGGGCGCCGGAAUGUACGAACCGGAAUCGUUCCUGACUUUUUGCCCGGUUACAGUGGUCGGCCGACGGGCGCCGGUCAUUACUAUCCCUGA